AAUAUAACGAAGUUUAUAUUAUAAUUGCUGUGAUAAAGAUUAUUUUAUAAGCUAUUUUACACAGUAAUUGUAUUGCACUACACUGUUGUGUUUGUCUCGUACUCGUAUUGGGAUAUGUGGAUCUUAGAUCACUAGAUUAUACAUAGUAGAUGUUUUAAUUUUACUUUUUAUUUAAAUUUCGUUUUACCCUGUUUAGGACUCCCAAUUUAUAAUUAAAGUUAAACAAAGUACUUUUUAUUUUAAGAAAUUGAUGCCAAGGGCUUAAAUCUCUUUUCUACUUGUAACUAUUCAGAGAAAGAUGAAAUUGAUACCAAAUCUUUUGUUCUUCACUUUACUGUAUUUAACACCAUUUACUGUAAAAAGCAAGGAAUCUGAAGAUAAAGAAGUUCCUGUAGAAGAAGAGCUUUAUGGAGUGAAAUAUCCAAAUAGCUGUGAAGUGUGCAAAUAUUUAGUUGUGGAACUGGAAAAUCGUUUGAAAGAAACUGGAAAGUCACAUGAUGUCAUUGAAAUAGGUUAUGAGCUAGAUGAUUCUGCAAGAAAGAAAACUAAAUACAAAACAUCAGAGUUAAGACUUCUUGACUCGCUUGAUGGGAUCUGUGAUAAACUUCUGGAUUACAACAUUCACAAGGAGAGGGAAGAUAGCACCCGUUUUGCCAAAGGAAUGAGUACUACUUUCAAAGUGUUGCACGAUCUUGUUGACAAAGGAGUAAAGGUUGACCUUGGAAUUCCACUUGAUUUAUGGGACAAACCAUCCGCUGAAGUUUCACAGCUAAAAACUCAGUGUGAAAGUCUUAUUGAAAAACAUGAAGGAGAUAUUGAAAAUUGGUACUUUCAUCAUCAAGAUGUUCCUUUAAGACAGUACUUGUGUAUUGACAGAGCUUUGAGAAAAGGUGAUGACGCCUGCUUAGAUGAAGUUUUUGUGCCAAAGAAAGAAGAUAAAGAUACUGAUAAGAAAACGAAAACUGAAAGAAAAGAAGAUAAAACUAAGGAUAAGAAGAAAAAGAAAAAGAAGCUCAAGGGAAAUUCAGAAGAGGAACAUGAAGUGAAGAUAAAAAAUGAUGAAUUGUGACCCAUGAACUACCAGUAUUUUUUAAUCAAUAAGAACGGGGGGAUUCAGUAAAUCUUUUGGAAAGUCAUGUUUGAUAAACAAAGAAAAAAAAAAGAAAGCUUGAAAAUAAUUUCCAAUUAGAUUUAUUUUUACCUUUUUUUAUUUUUUUUUUAUCAUUCAGGGUUGCCCGAAAGUUAUAGCACUCUAGAACAUCAAUAAAUGAAAUACAUUUCCUGACAGCAAUCUUUAUCCAGAUAAAAUACUAUAAACGCAAACAUAAAGAUCAUAGUACACUUUUUAUACUGUGGUAUUGUUUAUGAAAUAAAAAGAAAAUGAAGAAAAAAAACCCAUUAUUGAUGAAUCAGAGUCCUGUUAAUACUUUAUACAGAUCUUUCUUUUAUAAAAAAAAAUAUUCUGAGAAGCUGUUUUAAUUAAUAGCUAAUUUGAUUGUACAGUAUUAAAAUAUAAAAGGCCACAUGUUUUUUA